AUGUUUGUGGGUAUUAUAUUGCACGACACUAUUGUAACUGCAAUCAGUGCUCAUCAGGAUGCAAUCUGUGUACCAGGAGUGUUAACUAAUGCGUCGGCUGUUCGCUUAAGGCUUUUAACCAUACCAGGAAUAUGUGAUGGAACCAAAGAUAUUGUGUGCUAUAACUGCAACACACUUCGGGUAUGUCUAGGUACCGAGCUUGGUCAAGAAACGAUGGUCGCAUGCCCAGGUAACACUCCUUAUUGUAACUAUGGAACAUCAUCGGAUCGCUGCUCCACUGUUCCCAUUCCAAAUGUAUGCGACACUGGAGCUCUAGAUUCUCCUCUUACAUGUUCUGCUGUUGGUAUCCUUCCAGAUGCGGGAAAUUGUCAAAUCUAUCAUGGAUGCAUUCGAGUCGGGCAAAGUUCUUCAAUUUACACGUGUCCAGCUGGUUAUGUGUUCAACGCUGCAUUAGAGUUGUGUGCUAUACAGAACGUAUUCUCAAAAUGUGUUACUAUGCAAUGCGCGACAAAUUAUGUAGGCCAUGUAAGAUACGGUCUCACUCAGAAAUUUUACGGUUUUUGUGAUGGAACCAGCACCCAACCACUAGUAUUCAGGUGCCCAAAUAGAGCUAGUUUUGCUUUUAUUGACGGCUCCGCAUUUGGUGAAUGCAUUUAUUUAUGUCCAGGUCAGGGAAACUAUGCCAAUAGCAACAAUCCAGCGACAUACUUUCAAUGUUUCUGGGCCAAUCGUCGCUUAAGAUACAACCUUGUGAACUGCCCAACUGGCUUGGUUUUUAACACGUUGCUCAGGUACUGUGUUUGAUAAUUUGAUUGCAUUGAAUUGGAAAAAAUAAUAAUAAAUGAUAAUUACAAGAAAUUCAUAUUAUUAUUAUUAUAGAAAAAAUAU